AAAUUGCGUUGUCGUAUUAGUAAAUAUUCGAUCUAAGAUUAAUUAUUACAUAUUUUUAAGUUCACAUAAUGGCUAAGUUGCCGAGUGUUGUUCAUUGGUUUCGCCUCGAUCUACGUAUUCAUGAUAAUCUUGCUCUUCGUAACGCAAUAAAUGAGGCUGAGAAUCGCAAACAUCUUCUAAGACCAGUUUAUGUAAUUGACCCAGACAUAAAAAACAGAGUUGGUCAAAACAGGUUAAGAUUUUUGAUACAAAGCUUACAGAAUUUAGAUUCAAACUUGCGAAAGCUUAAUACCCGUCUGUUCAUCUUAAAAGGGAAAGCCAUAGAACUUUUUCCAAAACUGUUUGAUGAAUGGCAAGUCAAAUAUUUAACAUCACAACUGGAUAUUGAACCAGAGUUUACUGAACAAGAUGAAAUCAUUGAUAAAGUAGCAGAAGAAAAGGACGUGUUUAUCGUUAGAAGAGUUCAACACACAGUUUAUGAUUGUCAAAAUGUUUUAAAAAAGAAUAAUGGCAGUGUUCCACUAACAUACCAAAAGUUUAUGUCCUUAGUAAAUGACAUACAAGUGAAAGAAUCCAUUGAAAUAACAAAGUCAAUAUCUGAUGAAUGUAAACCUCCAGAUAGUGAUUCUGAUGAAUACGAUGUUCCCAGUCUUGAAGAGUUAGGUCUGGAUGAGUCAUCACUCAAUCCCUGCAAGUAUCCUGGUGGUGAAACGGAAGCCUUGAAAAGGCUGGACAUUUACAUGGCUAAAAAGCAAUGGGUUUGCAAGUUUGAGAAACCAAACACAUCACCAAACAGUAUAGAACCCAGCACCACAGUACUGAGUCCAUAUUUGAGCCAUGGAUGCCUAUCAGCAAAAUUGUUCUACCACAAAUUGAAAGAAGUUGAAAGUGGAAUGCCUCAUUCUGAGCCACCAGUUUCAUUAUUUGGUCAAUUGAUGUGGAGAGAGUUCUACUACACUGCUGGCACUGGUACUGAGAACUUUGACAAAAUGGUGGGCAAUAAGGUCUGUACUCAAAUACCAUGGGGGAGAAAUGAUGAGCACCUAAAAGCUUGGGCAGAGGGAAGAACAGGCUACCCAUUUGUUGAUGCCAUCAUGAGGCAACUCAAACAAGAAGGCUGGAUCCAUCACCUAGCCAGACACAUGGUAGCUUGCUUUUUGACCAGAGGUGACCUGUGGAUAUCAUGGGAAGAAGGGGCCAAAGUUUUUGAAGACUACCUCCUUGACUAUGACUGGUCUCUGAAUGCUGGCAACUGGAUGUGGUUGUCUGCUUCGGCUUUCUUUUAUAAAUACUUCAGAGUUUACAGUCCUGUUGCAUUUGGAAAGAAAACAGACAAAAAUGGCCUUUAUAUCAGGAAGUAUGUUCCUGAAUUGAAAAAGUUUCCAGCAGAAUACAUAUUUGAACCUUGGAAAUCUCCGAAAUCAGUGCAAAAGGCAGCUGGAUGUAUGAUUGGAGAAGAUUACCCAAAUAGAAUUGUUGAUCAUGAUAAAAUACACAAAGAAAAUAUGCAAAAAAUGUCUUUAGCUUACAAAGUCAAUAAGGAGAAAAAGGCAUUAAAAAGACCACAUUCAUGAAUGAAAUUAUAUUUUAUGUUAAAUUUACUUUUUGCAAAGGCUUCUAAACCUUAACCCCACGGAUAUGAAACUCAUCUACCUCAGGUUUUAAUACUCCACUGUUUGUUUUUGAGAUAAUUUUGUAAUAAUUGUGUUUUAAGCAUAGUUAAGGUUUAUUAAAAUAUUUUAAAAUUUU